CAGCAUCGGGAGGGGGAGAGGGAGAGAGAGACAUAGAGGAAGAGAGAGACAUAGAGGAAGAGAGAGAGAGAGAGAUCUGCAGCAGCAUGCUUCCACAGAGUGAACAACUCCUGCAAGAGCACUGACCAGACUCCUUCCCUGUGCUUCAACUUCAAGGCGUAUUUUAGGAACUUUUUAUCGACAUUUUACACGAAUUUGACUCUUCAGACAACCAAACAUCUUCGUGUCAUUUCCCAGCCGUGGAUCAGUGCAAGAAGCGUGGAUGGUUAUGUUUGAAAAGGAGUCAGGACAGCCUCAGGACCAAACCAAAGCGACAGCGAUGCCUUCCAACAAAUACUCUGCUGCUAUCAUGGAGGAGAGCAACAACAUGACGGCCACAGCGCCGGUCAUUGGAGACUCACCCCCAGCUGAGGGCCAAUCAGAGAAUGAUAGCGGAGUGGAGCUGACCAAUGAGAACAGCCCUCUGACCGCGGCUGAACCACCAUCCCCCUUCAGCCCCAAGCAGAACGGAGAUGCCGCCUCACCUCAAGAUGGUGACCAGUGUUUGAGGGGAAGCAGGAAAAGAAGCAUGAAGAAGUCAGUGGAAGAAGAGACUACCUGGGACUCCUACAGCGAGGACAAAACUUCUGGAGCGUCUCAGCUGGGAUUGAGGCAGACGCCACGACCCAGGACGAUCUUCCAGGCCGGUCUGAAGCCACACACACACAACAAACCUCGCAGACAGAGCCGCAAACAGGAGCACAUCAUGUUACUGUCUGGAAGUGGUGGUGGUGUUGGAAGUCUUCCUCGGGUGGCUGCGGUUGUCUCCGGUGGUGUUCCUGAAUCCCCCCGUAUGGAGCUGAUGGAACAAGACUCCAAAGACUCGGCCCAAAGCAUCAGCACCUCGUCCAGCUCCGAGAUCCAGCCGGAGUACAAUGACAACAAGGGUUUUGGCAUCGGUGAGCUGGUGUGGGGGAAAAUUAAGGGUUUCUCCUGGUGGCCUGGCAUCGUGGUGACGUGGCGCGCCACUGGCAAACGGCAUGCCAGCCACGGCAUGAGGUGGCUGCAGUGGUUUGGAGACGGCAAGUUCUCUGAGGUUUCUGCAGAUAAACUUGACUCCAUCACCGCCUUCCCCAAGUUCUUCAGCCAGGCCUCCUACACCAAGCUGGCCUCUUACCGCAGGGCCAUCUUCCAAGCACUGGAGAUGUCCAGUAUCCGGGCGGAGAAGACGUUUCCUCCCUGCGAGUCGGACAAUCCAGAAGACCAGGUGAAACCCAUGCUGGACUGGGCCAAUGGCGGCUUCCUGCCCAAAGGAGGGGAGGGACUCAAACCUACACACACUGCCGGUGAGCAAGACUGCAGCAAACCAGUCAUUUUAACCACACCCAAAUGUCUCGUUCAGAGAGGAAAUAAGAGUUGGUCUGUUUUUGUUUUUCCUGCAGACAGUAACCCUCUGGACCACCAGGUCCUCGAUGUUUCACUGCCCGAGUAUUUCCCCAGUGCCAAGAGGCCCAGAGUCAGCAUCUGUAAGGCCAAGGCCGCUCCUGAGGAGUCAUACAGCAGAGAACAAAUGGUGAAUGAAGUUCUAAAGAAUAACAGAAGCAUAGAAGAGUUCUGUCUCUCUUGUGGAAAGAUGAGAACAGCAACGUUCCACCCGCUCUUUAACGGAGGCCUGUGCCAAACCUGCAAGGACGUGUAUCUGGAGAUUUCCUACAUGUAUGACGAUGAUGGUUACCAGUCCUACUGCACAGUCUGCUGUGGAGGAAGAGAGGUGCUGCUCUGCGGCAACGCCAACUGCUGCAGGUGUUUCUGCCUGGACUGUCUGGACAUUCUGGUGGAUCCAGGAGCGUCGAACAACGCUCGCUAUAUGGACCCGUGGCGCUGCUACAUGUGCCAGCCGAUGAUGCAGUACGGCGUCCUGCAGCGACGGCAUGACUGGAGCCUUAAGCUGCAGGAGUUCUUCGCCAAUGACAGCGGACAGGAGUUUGAUUCACCAAAGAUGUUCCAAGCAGUCCCUGCCGAGCAGAGACGACCAAUCAGAGUCCUCUCCCUGUUUGACGGCAUCGCCACAGGCUACCUGGUUCUGAGGGAUUUAGGUUUUAAGGUGGACCAGUAUGUGGCGUCAGAGGUGUGUGAGGACUCCAUCUCAGUGGGCGUUGUCCGACAUGAAGGAAAGAUCCAGUACGUGCACGAUGUCAGGAACAUCAGUAAGAAAAACCUGAUGGAUUGGGGUCCUUUCGAUCUGGUGAUUGGAGGAAGUCCCUGCAAUGACCUGUCGAUCGUCAAUCCUGCCAGGAAAGGGCUCUAUGAAGGCACAGGGAGGCUUUUCUUUGAGUUUUACCGUUUGCUGAGUGAGGCCAAGCCCAAAGAAGGAGAGGACCGGCCAUUCUUCUGGAUGUUUGAGAACGUGGUCGCUAUGGGCGUUAAUGACAAGAGGGACAUCUCACGAUUCCUGGAGUGUAAUCCUGUGAUGAUCGAUGCCAUCGAGGUCUCUGCUGCUCACCGCGCCCGAUACUUCUGGGGAAACCUGCCGGGCAUGAGCAGGCCUCGGUGUGCCUCUGGGAUGGACAAGCUUGAGCUGCAGGACUGUCUGGAUCACGGCAGAGUUGCAAAGUUUGGGAAAGUGCGCACCAUCACUACCCGCUCCAACUCAAUCAAACAGGGGAAGGAUCAGCACUUCCCUGUCAUGAUGAACGGGAAGGAGGACAUACUGUGGUGCACUGAGCUGGAGAGGAUCUUUGGAUUCCCUGUCCACUACACAGACGUGUCCAAUAUGGGUCGCGGGGCCAGACAGAAGCUCCUGGGCCGGUCCUGGAGCGUCCCCGUCAUCAGGCAUCUGUUCGCACCACUGAAAGACUACUUCGCCUGUGAAUAGAUGCCACCAAUCACCAAAACAGAUGCCACUUAUGAUUACAAACAUCAGCUGCCAGCCAAAAUGUUCUAAGGAGCCGCAUAUUUUUUUUCACUUUGGCAGGCAAUUACCAGUUACACCAAAAAUACCUGUAACUGGGAAAUAGUAAAAGCAGCUGUUAGUUUGUAUUAAGCCCUUUUUGAUACUUGAGAUAAUGCACUGCAGCCUUAAACGCACAUAACACACACUAACACAGAGAUACAGCAUAGUGUCAGAAAGAGAGGGCAUCACUGACUUUAACAGAUUUUUCAGUUUAGCUGAGGUUGAACUGGUGGAAGAUGGAGACACCUGACCCCUCAGCUUUGUCCAUUAACAAAAGGCCAGUACAGUGGUUUUAACAGGAUUUAUUUUAACGUUUUAAAAGCCCUAAGAGGGCAUUGUUUUUCAGCUGACAAAACUUAGUAGUUGUAGAAAAUAGAGAACAUAGCACCACCAGCACAGCUUUAGAUGUGGCUUCGUACCAAACUCUUUUGUUAAGGGAGUUUUAAAACAUUUCAGGGGUCUCUCAUCCCUUUAUUUAGUUGAUUACGAAAAUGCUGCUGUGACAUGCUGUUAAUCUAAACAUAAACACUUGAACCAAAGUCUUAAGACAGCACCUGCUGCUGCACUAGCCUCAGGUCUGACGGUAUUUUUCUCAAAACAAAGGGAGGUUUAAAGCCUAAAUGAAAGGAUAUUUGGGUUUUACAUCAAAAUUCUGGGAAAGAAAAUCCACAUCUGUACUGGAUUUUAAGAAUAUGCGGUUAGUUAUUCGAUUUAAAUAUGGUAAGGGAAAAAACGUAGUACCAUGUUUUAAUUUUGUUUUAAGGAAAAUACAUUCAGAAAUGGAAGCUAGUGCACCACAUGCUCACCUGGAUAUAAAGCAGGAUUUUGUCUUUUAUUUUAGAUUAGUUCGUUUUCAUAGUUUUUUGUUGUAAAAAAACACAACUAUAAUUUUACCUUUUGUCUUUUGCUUUGAGUUGACAUAUUAGGCAUACAAUAUCUUCCUUUUAAAGAGAAAGAAAACGUUAUAAAGAUUAUAUAAACAUGUUUUUGUAUAGAUAGUGUGACACUUUGAGUUAUAAUGUCUCCCUGAUACAAAUACUUGAAACAAGGCAAUGAAAAAUCGACUUAUAAAGAGAAGCUUUUUUUGACCAUUACAUACAGCUAAUAAGUGAUAGCAUUUAUUUUAAUACCCUAAAAUGUUAUAUUUCGUCUUUAAAAAAUAGUUGUCCAGUUCACUGUAAUGUCUCUCCACAAGGGGAUGAUACUUGUUAAAAUAACGUUGAUAUGAUUCCAGUAAAGAGUGUUACUGUGUACUGGGUUUUUAAAAAAAAUGUAGGCAAACACUGGGGAACACACAAUAUUUUUUUCUAUCUUUUGGAGUUUCUAAAACUUUUAGCAAGAAAACUAUCAUUAUAAUCCUCUGUGUCUACUACAAAUUGAAAUAAAUAAUAAAAACACAACAAAACUACUGGGGGAAACAUCAAGGUUUUUUAUAUCAAUCAAUACGUCAAAAGGAAUCCAAAACAUAAUUGACAACGUAAUUUCAAUGGGAUAUAAUUUCAUGAGGCUAGACUCGUGUAAUGCAGAUGCUUCAGUUUACAGUUUGUAUGAAUAGUGCUCAGUAAUUGUAAGAAAACAAGAGUCAAGAAUUUCUUUGUAAAUGUUGUUGCCAGAAGAAGAGUUUUACUGUGAGAACAGCAAUUACUGUACAUGUCAUAUGUAUGCUUAAGCAUUUCCACCAGGCGGAGGGAUUUAUAUACCAUUUACCUUUAUGCGACCAAAUUCACAAAAUGUUGCGUGUGCUUUUGAAAAAUGGCUUCACUUUGAUAACUGGAGGAUUUCUAAAUGCUGUUGGCUGUCACCAAAUCAUAACACAUGGGCAUUACCUCAGACAAAAGGGGCAACUGUAAAUCACUCCUCCUGUGGGAUCUCUGUUCUGUGAAUAUAUACUGUAGCUUUAUGCUCCCACAUGCCCUGUACAUGUUUAGCUUGUAUUUUAUCACUGGAACUUAUUUUUACACUUUGUUUUGCGUACUGUAUUGAUAGAAAGGUUUACCAGUGCUUUAACUCUUGUUUGUUUUUUUAACACAAGAUGCACAAACCUUAUAGAACUAUUUUCGUUAAAGUUCAUCUUUAAUUUCAACACCUGUUAAGUGUUUCUAUAGCCCCCUUUUAGUUUUAAAGUCUGAUUUCUUGUUCCUUAAAAAAAAAAAGUAAUUGUUUACAUGCUACAUUAAUACUGCUGAGGUGGUUGGAUGUUUUGCUUGAAAACAGUAGCCGAACAAUUCUAGGUUGUUUUUGUUGUACAACUGCUCAAGUUGCAGGAGUUUCAUUGAACACACAUGUUUCAAUUUGUAAUGUUAUAAGCCAAUAUAGAGCAUGUUAAUCAAUAGCUUUUUGAUAUCUUUUGUUGUUUAGAUGUAAGACAUUGUAUAAUUGUAAGCUUGAGUGUGACUGAUAUAGAACGUUUUUUGUAUCAUUUGUUACUUGUUCACCUUUUAUUCAUUUUGUUAAAAGCCUUUUUAUGAAUCUAAAGUUCAAAAAACAGAUUCCGUGCUAUUUUUAUACUUCAUUUGAGUAGUCGUAAAGUGUUGGAUGUAUUUUUUUGUUUGUUUACUUCCUAUAGGAACCUAUAUAUAUAAUUUUUUACUCAUUAAAAUGCAGCUUUGCUGCUAAAAACA